AUGGCGUCCUUCUUCCAGCCUCCUCUGAAUGGAGACCCGGCAAUCGACAAAUGCAAUAACGAUAGCCACUGGGAGAUAUACUGCAACUCCGUCCUGCCUGGCGAGGACCGCCUCGUCUCCCCGGUGCAAUGGUUCACCUUCAUAUUGGCCGUUGUCGCCCUCGGAGUCCCGACACUCUUAUAUCUAGGAGAUCGAUCAUUAAAGUCCCUGCGGUCAUGGAACAGAUCGAGGAAAAGUUCCAAUAAAGCCAAAACGAUCGAGAGAGCCAAGGCGCUGGAGCCAUCCCCAUGCCUGGACCUAACUGCAGUGCAGUCCUUCUGUAUCUUUGGGAAGGACAGCCCUGUCCCAAACCUGGGGAAGACGAGUGCUGAUCAUGACCUUCUCGUCAUUGCUGUGCCGUUCCUCGCAGCCGCCGCUGCCCUUGACGACACUGACCAAGGUUCAUUCUCCGAGACAUCAAGCACCAUCGCCGGGGUGCCGCCAUCGACGCCCGUCCUUGGGCUGGUCGACGGCCAAGACUUGGGGCCAGAGAGCGUGUCACAGUCCACAAUUUCAAGGACAGUGGACUACCUCUUCACCAUAUACAGCGAUAACGCUGUGGUAGGUCUUGUCAUCGACGUCGGCCUACUCGGAGACAAUGGUGUGGCUUUCAUCCCCGACAUUCUGGUUCGGCUGUGCGAGCUCCAGGUGCCUGUGGUGCUCAAGUGCCACCAUGACAGCAAGCUCCUCAAGGCCAUCAAUCUCAAAUUCCUUGCUGGCAUCAUCAUCGAAAAUGCCUGUAUCCUCGAGGAUGGGAAGAGGAGGGACUAUUUCCGCUCCGUGGCGCUGCGGGAUGUCAUGGCCAAGUGUGCGGACCAGCGGGUUGAGCGGCCGAGCUUCUUUGUGGGCUUCUUCGACCGCUGGAAUGCCCGUCCCUCCGCUGCUGUGGUACGUCGGUCGGCAAAGCUGUCAGACCACUUUGCGGCAGUCCUCGAGCAUGGGCCGGUGACAUCGCCAACGAGCUCACCAGGUGCUCCGGCCAAGAUGCCCGCGAGCUUAAGUGCGUUCGAGUAUCUGCGGCGGCCAGAGACGUCCGAGUUGCAGAGCUCGUGGAUGCAACGAAAGCGGAUCACGCAUGUUGGGAAUGGGCGACGAGACUCGAUCGAGAAGGUCGCGAGUCUGCCAUUUGGCGAAUUGCAACAGAUCAUCCCAAACAUCGACGAGCUUCUCAGACCGCUCCCUCUGCCUGAAGACCUGCAGGCUUUGAGGGUGGAGCGACCUAUCAAGGUGUCGCCCCCAGACUACGUCCCUGAUGGGCCGUACCGAGAAGACUUUUGGGAGCGCACAUCUCAGGGCGAGCAGAUAUCACUCUACGGCUGUGUGCCGCUCCUCAGUGAACCCACGACUGCUCAGCACGAGGCCAUCUUGGACACACAGAUCCAUCUCCGGAACCUGAAGAUGCUGCAGCGCAUCACGGAUGCCGAAUUGACCAAGCUGAUUCAGGGGCUCGAACGAUUCUCAGCGACAUCCAAAUACGCCGACCUCGUUGGGAACCUCGUGGGUGGCCUUAAGCAGCGAAAGAUUCACUUGUAUAAAGGCCUCGGCAGCGGAUUCACAAUGCCCGAUAAUACUGCUGAGUUCUGGGGUGUUUCCGCUGCGCAUAAUGUAGGCAAGGCGAAUUCUCACCGUGACUCUACUCUGGGUGAGAUCGACUUGUUCAUCUCGCGGCGCUGCCCAAGUGACAUCGGCGCGAUCUUGCACACGUGGCUGGCACACCACGAUGUCCCCCGCAUUGAGCGGUACGAGGAAGAGCUGCAGUUUGAGCGCAUCCUCAGCCCCGAGCUCACCGAUGUUGCUUUGCCCCUCAGCAUCAGGCAUCAGAUUGAGAAUGCCACCCCGGCCGAAACACUAUUCCUGCUUGAGCAGAUCAAGGUGUCCGACAUGACGCACCAUUUCAAAUACGGCAUCGAGGAGCACUGCCGCUCAGUCCUUCUGGAUCAGGCCGCGACGGAAUCAUGGAACCAUGCGGCCUCUCAAGGGGUUCUCAGCGGGUCAUCGGAUAUGGAGACCCUCUUCCGUCGUCGAUCUCAGGACUUUGUACGACUGGGAGCAAAUAGGCUUCCUUCCAUUUCUAACCUACUGCUGCUUUCCCGCUACGUUGACAAGAUCGUGGUCGAUGCCCUCUUCGCCGGAGACCGUGAAAAGCUCAACACGCUGAACGACGCGCUGCUUCACGCCUACGAUCCCUGGGGCUCGUGGACCUCAGACUGUGAGUAUGUUGACGUGAACGCGGAUCUCUUCGCGUUGAUAUUCUUCUCCGCCCUGCGAAAGGGCGCCUUUGAAGACGUCUACAUCGAGACCACAGACCGGUGUCCGUUCUUUCUUUCCCAACCAGACCAGGCCGCUGUCUUCUCCGAACUCUGGGCUCUCGGCUCCCAGUGCGAGGCUUAUUUCGGCAUGCUUCCUCGGGACUUGGGUGAAAUCAUCUACGACCGCUAUCGCAAAUUCCUUGCGGAGCAUCCCCCACCAGAAGGUUUCAAGGACAAGAAGAUCAUGACAGCCUUCGCCAAGCCGGAUGGUUCUGCGGGAAGUGAUGAGAUGGAUCCAGAUGGCCCGUCACGUAAGGGCUUCGUGAAAACGGUCACUCAUCUGCGCAAGAAGUUUGCAGAAUUCGGCGCACUUUCCAUCUUCUGCCUCCCCGCCAUCAUCGACAUCCUGCUGCUGACCUUUCUCGGCCGCGGGCUGUUCAUGACGGCAUGGCUUGGUAAUGAACACCUAAUUGCCGCAUGCUAUGCGCUUCUGAUGUCGUUGCUCAUCUCUGCUGGUGUUACCGGCUGGGUUGGAAGCAUCGGUAACUACUACAUUUGCAAUUAUGCGUAUGACAACAUGAUCUACUUCCACGUACAGAGACUUUCAGGUGGCUUCGUCCUCACCGUCCUUGUUGGAAUUGUGGGCUUCAUCAUCUUCACUGUCAAGGUCAACAUCGGCACCGGCAUUGUGUUCAUUCUGUACCUCAUUGCCAUCUCAAUGUAUCUGAAUGUCCUGGGUGUCAUGGCUACGAUGCAUCAACACGGUAGUCCUCUCACCUCAGGCCGCACAGUCCUGUGGCGUACUAUCCCCAUGUUCUUUCUUUCGCCCCUCAUCUCAACUUUCGUCCCCGGCCACGACCUUGAAGUAUACCUCCCCGUGAUCUACGGCUUCCUGGUAGUCAUUCUCUUUCAAUACCGACAACUUUGCCAUGAGUGGUCAACUUGGAUGACCAAGAUCCCUCGCAUCACAGAGAAAGACAUAAUCAGCUGGUACAGUGCCAAGAUGGAGGCGAGGGCAGAGGAGGAAUCAACUGAAAUGGCUUCAGAGACCGGGAAGUGCCUCGCCAGGACCAAGACGGAAGAGAACCUGUCCCCCGAAGCCAAGAAGAAGCUGGCGCUGCUGGCUUUUCGCAAGGAAGUAGAGGCGUACAGCGACGGUAUAUUUGGCUUUGGCCGAACCAAGCACGCCGAUCCAGUGGUCACGCGUGUGGCCCAGGGCAUGCCAUAUCUGGACUGGCUCCUGAAAAAGGACGAUCCUGCAAGGCCCAGGGCAGAGACCCUCACUACUGGCUGGUUUGGCCAGGUUAACCAGGCCUUGAAAACGCAGGAGCAGUUAGCCCAAGGUCUCAAGGAACACAACAUCUUCAUUUUAUUCCGCUAUGCCCGCUUCGACAUUGGCUCCAGUGUCGGCCUGUUCUUGGUUGCGCUGAUGGACAGAUGGGUCAGCAUCGUCAUGAGCGCUCGCAACGAUCCUAUCAUCAUUUUCGUCGAUGAUACGGCCCGUUAUGCCAUCUGCUUCGCCAUUCUGUACUUCUGCUCCUCCGUCAUGACCCUUGAUGGAACACUACAGAAUUAUUGGUCAGGUAACUACACGUUGUCUGAGGAGAAACUGACCAGCUUUGACCACGCCAAGCGUGUCCAGCAGGACUGGGAGAAGAACCGGCGAAGAAAGUAUCUGGGCGCUCUCCUCGAGCUGUCCCAGAGACUGGUCUUCUGGCUUGGCUUCUCUUCCAUUUUUGUCUGGCUCUUUGUCUCAAAUCAACAACUCAUCGUCCUAUACUACGCGUACGUCAUUGCUUACACCGCUGUUAUGAUCUUCCAGUUCAACCGUUGCUUCACGACGGAUGUUAAAUACCACGUCGGUUCGAUCCUCUCUGGCGGUGUGGCGGGCUUCAUCGUUGGCUGCACCCUCCAUGGAAUUUACGGCAAAGAGCAGCCAUUCUACACAGACGUAAUCGCCUUAAACACUGCCGCGCUGAUGGCUGCUUUCUUGACGACGUUCUUCGUCUGGAAGGACCUACACAUCCAGAAGCCAUCACGGAAGAACCAGACACCCAACGGAGCCCCGACGGGGUGGACACAGCCUCGUCUAUCCAACCCGAGCAUGGCCGUCUCGGAGACUUCAGAAGUUGCCACCUGGAAAGACCUCCCCGGGAAUAAGGUCACGGUCAAUUCAUCAAAUCUCAUUUGCGACAGAAUUCCAGAGCUGUUGCGCCUGGGAAUUGGCCAGCCCAAUGUGCAUGCCCAAAAUGCAGCAUGGUCAGAAGAUGUCUUGAAGGUGGCCCUCGAGAUGUGGAAGGCAGGCAGAAUUGAGCUGAACCUCAGUACCCGUACUUCCUUCAUCGAAAUGGGCUUUGGCAGCUCAAUGUCCUUCAGUCGAUACGACGGAAAUAUGCUGGAGAUCUCGACGGGUUAUCUCCUGGAGGACGAGAUCAACGUUCCUACAUGGCAGCCUCUCCUCGCUUACUUCGCCACCGAAGCCAUCCUGUUUCACACCGCUCGCGCCAUAUUUCAUAUGGACCGCCAGCGCGCCAUCCAGGCUGAGCAUUUCCUCCAUGAGACGGAGCAACUGUCUCGGCGCAUUGACUUUGAGCUGUCCACGUCCGACCUUCCCACUCUCCUUGAGAUUCAGCGCAAGACCAAUCUCAAGAUCAUGAAGCACCUCUGCCUUGGCAUCCAUGUCGAUAGCAAGUGGCGUGAUCUGCCGCCCUAUGUCCGUGAGGUCAUCUUUUGCCGCAUCCUCGGUGACCCUGUGUCGGUGUCUCGAGACUUGCAUCAGUUCAUGGCCAACAACUCCAUUGACCUGCAGACGUCAGAUUUCCACCUUGAGACCGCCUUAACCAUCUACCUAAAGACACUGGAGCGUGAGCACAUCAACGCCGACUACUCGCUGGAGACCGGCACAACGCCACUUUCCAAAUCAGAGCUUCACUGUGCGCCGGUGCAUAUGGGGCCUCGUCAGCAGACUUUCUUCUUGGGCCUUGUCGAAACCAUCUCGUCCAUUCCGAAUACAUUUACCAAGUGGGUGGGCAUAAUCACCGGUGCUGGUUCAGAUGUGGAGAGAGAGUUGUGGUACAAGUUCCGGUACUCCUACGCCCGAGGCCCGAUCCUGUGGGUGCUCCUCACGUUUUGGCGCUUCUGCUGGUUCUUCAAGAACGUUUGGGUCUACGUCCUGCUCAUCUAUCACCGCAAAAACUUGGUGCGCAUUUCCCGCCUGGCAAAGAAGGGGGCAUCCAGGACACUGGUCAAAGAUCGAGUCGUCAUUGAGCAGCUGAGGAAGGUCAUUACCGGUUUUGCGGUACGCAACGAGCAAAACUCGAUCACUCUGGAGAUCUACGACAAGCAGCUCUCGACUCGUCCCACAGAUGUUGAGCCAAUAUCCACAGCAGUGUACGACAAUGUCUUCAGACUCUCCAACCGUCAGGACAAGUCGACUGGCAAGAACAAGAAGGCUAAUCCCUGGACCUUUGCCACAUACAACUACGCUGAGGACUCGCGUUCGAGAUGGCCAGCCUUUAAAGAGGUUGUCGACGGCCAGAAUUACAAGAAAUGCUAUUACGAUAAGUACGGGCGCGUCACCCAUGGUGACAUGCUAUUUGGCGACAAGGAAUAUGAGUUCACCUACUCUUACAAGUCCAGUCCCAAGAGCAGCCACGAAAUCCUGCGUGCUGAGUUCAAGCUUGCCAAGGCCAUCAACGGCGACAUCUUGGUCGUCUACUGGGGUGUGCCUCUCCGUGCUGACGUAGGCACAAAGCUCGACUGGGUCCCCUCGGAUCGUGUCUGUCGGAUUGUGCGCAAGAUCGACACCAAGACGUACACGACUACCAGCAACUACGCUCACCGACGUGACCCAACCAUGGUCACUGUCAUGGAAGAGGCCGGUGCGCGCUGCCUGGUGGCGCAACCUCCGCAGGUUUUCCCAGAGGAGCAGAUUAUGCAGACCCGGCCGACAGACGUCUCGUUCGAGAACGACGAUUUGUUCAUCCGGCAUCGCCGGUCUGAUGUCCGCCGUAUCUGCAAGUACAUUGGUAGCAACCGUGCUGUCAAGUCUCUGAGGACGAUGAUCAAUCCUGGUGCAUGGAACUAUUGGCACAAGAAGAAGGUCUACUCACGCGUACCCACCUGGUGGCUCCGAACGGAACUCUGGAACAACUGGCUCAAGUCCAACUCGCUCGACGGCAUCACGGCAUGCUGGAUGGAUGAGUUGAUUCUUCGCGAGGAACCCACACUGCUAAAGUACUGGUCAUACCGCUCGUCUGGGCAGCUGACCGCCGCGAAGAGGGAGCUUGACGAGAACAUUGAACGGAUUGUCGCCGCUAUCGAGCUGGAGAAGGACGUCUCGGAAGUUUGCAUGUUGCCCAUCAAGGCUUCUGAUUUGUAUGCCAUGGGUCUGGGUAAAGACGCAAACCAGAUGACUACCCGCCCAGAAGAUUGCUUUAAGGACACACAAGAGCGUAUUUCGGUCAUCUUCAACGACGUCGGUUGCUGGCCCGAAUCGCCUGGUGGUGUGUCCAACUGCCGACGUGAUUUGGUGAAUGGCCACAGCACGAUCCGGAAUCAUGUCCUUGCCGAGUCUGCGAACGAGUAUGGUAUUCCUCGCUUCCAGAUUGAGAAGAACGUCCAGUCCCUGAAAAUUCUGCCACUAUGGGGCUUGGACGGCAAGACGCCCAAUCACGGUGUUAUCGACAAUCUUCUUCAGUCCGAAGUCGACCGCAAGAUCGGAAAUACUGAAAUCAAGCGGGACAUCAUCAACACAUUUGUGCCACUGCUCAAGCAGUUCGUCAAGGGGGCAAGGUCGCGCCACAUAGACCGGGCUGGACUUCUCCACUAUAGCAACAUCAUGCUUACCAUGUUCAAAUUCUUUGAGCACAAGGACUACAACGAGGCAUAUAACAGCAAGGAGGUCGCUGCUGCGUGGGCUGAGGCUUGGCUGGAGAGUUACGACGACGCUGACAUCACGGAUCCGUCCGACUGGUUCGAGCUGUCCCGCCCGAGCAUGACAGACUUCAGGGAUGCGCUGGCCAUCUACAAGUCAUACUUCUUCAUCUUCAGCGUUCAGUCCCCUGAGAACUGCCCACAGGUAUUCCAGAGCACCCACCAUGGCAUUAGCAGUCUGUUCGGCAUGCUGCUGAAGUACAAGCGAGGCACCACGUUCGGCAUCUGGGAUCACGCCAUCCUUUGGCGGGAGUGCUGCCUCAACAUCUCGCCGGCGCAGUGUGAGCUCUCGAUCCCGGUGCAGUCUAUGCUUCUUGCCGGAAUAGGCCUGGCGACAAAGUUGGCGUAUUUCCACGCCGAUGUUAUCCUGCCUUGCACUUCCUUCUUCAACCCCAUAUGGGAAGCUGAUCUUGGCACCGACAUGGGCAAGGUCAGCCACAGGAACCAGUUCCGCCGCAAAAUCGAUCCCAUUGUGAAUGGCGUUGGCAACAUGGACGCAUUUGAGCCAGUGGACCAGGUCCGCACCGAAGUGCCUACCGUCAUCAUGCUGUCCAACGUACAGUUUAUCAAGGAUGUGAGGACGGCCAUCCUGGCCGCGGACGUCAUCAUCAACAAAUUCGGCUUCAAGGACUACAAGCUCGUCGUGUAUGGCGCUCAAGACCGCGAGCCGAGUUACACAAUUGACAUGGUAAAGCUUAUACAACAGUGCAAGAUGUCUGACAAGGUUAUCCUGGGUGGGUUCGGCCGGCCACAAGAGGUUCUCAAGGAUGCCUGGUUAUUCAUGAACUCGUCCCUGUCCGAAGGUCUGCCUCUUGCCAUCGCCGAGGCCGCGCUCGCAGGCGUGCCCAUUGUUGCUACUUCCGUCGGUGCCACUGCGCUAGUCUUGACAGACCCUGAUGAUCAGGAUCGCAAGUACGGCGAGGUCGUCCCACCCAACGACCCCGUGGCACUGGCUCGCGCACAAAUAUCCAUGCUGUCUAUGGUGGGCGCGUGGUCCAAGUUCACAGGCGAAGUUGGCGACAAAGAAGCGGUGCCCCCGAGUCUCACAUUACCAGACGUCAUCAGGGACUCUGACGUGGAAUGGCUUACUCGCCGUAUGUACGAGAAGGCUGAAUUCCGUCGCGAGCUCGGCAUGCUCUCGCGUGGUGUCGUCCUCAAAGGUUUCCACGGCGAACGAUACUUGCGCGAGCACGAGCAGAUGUAUUGGAUUCAGUGGCAUAUGGCUCGCAUGCGUGCCGACGAGGCACUCAUGGCACCUGCCACCCGAAGCUUCAGGUUCGGGGCCACCGUGCCGCUACGGUAUAGUGAUGUCUCCGAGGAGGAAAUGUGGGCCGAGACGGAGGAUUGGGGUGUCCUGGAUGUUAGUGAGAGGCCCGGCCAAAACGGAAGCCGCGCUGUGAACGAUACAAGGGCGGGUCGUAACACCGGAGGGCUUCUGAGUCGGGCGAAUGGCGCCGCACUUGCACUGAGUAGAAAGAGAUCCGUCCGCUGGCAGGAGUUCCCGCCGAGCAACAUGAGCAGAACCUCGCUGUUCUCAAACUAUGAGGAUAUGGUGAUGUGCACGCUAAAGGACGCCUUAGACACAACCUCUAUCAAAGAGGACCCGCACGGAAACCUGAUUUCUGGGCACUUCGAGAAGCACGAUAGCGUGCCCUUAACAGAACGAAUGAGAAGCCGGGCCAGCCUAUACCUCAUCUCGUAUUUCGUCGUGAUCAGUCUGGGCGACGAGUUCACUUUCGAGCGCCAGGCCAUAAUCUGGCUCGUAAUCGGGAUACCGAGCAAUGGUGUCUUCGGUCUUCUUUAA